CGCCCCUAUUGGGGCUGUGAUUGGAGGCUGUCGUCGUGCCUGUAUCGCUUUUUCGCUCAAAUUUUCUUUGUUCAAUUAUUGUCAAGAAACACGGUCAUGAUGGAUUAUUCGAUGCGUCUGCUUCUUUCAAGUUUCGCAGUACUUUCAUUUUAUAUAAGUUGCAUUCAAGGUAGAGGAACACAACAUGUAACUUGUGGGUCUGUAGUGAAACUAGUGAAUGUAGACUAUAAUGUCAGGCUACAUUCCCACGAAAUCAAAUAUGGAAGUGGCAGUGGACAGCAAUCAGUAACAGGUACAAAUGUCAAAGAAGAUGGUAAUUCUUAUUGGCUUGUUAAAGCGGAAUCAGGAAAACAAUGCAUACGAGGGAAACCAAUCAGAUGUGGAGAAAUUAUUAGAUUGGAACACACUACAACAAAGAAAAAUCUUCAUUCACAUCUCGUUAGUUCACCCUUGAGUGGAAAACAGGAAGUAUCAGCAUACGGAGAUCACAGAGGAGAGGGUGAUACUGGCGAUAACUGGAUGUUAAUGUGCAAUAAUGAUUUUUGGGAGAGAGAUGAUACAAUUAAAUUGAAGCAUAUUGACACUGAAACAUAUUUAGCUGUCAGUGGCAGAGCUUAUAGUUCUCCAAUAAAUGGACAACUCGAAGUGAUGAGUGAAUAUUCUCCAAAUAGUGCUCACAUACAAUGGAUGACAAUGGAAGGAUUAUUUAUUCAUCCCAAUGACUUCAAGGCACAGCAUCAUCGACACACGGAAUUAUAAAGGCAAUUUUUCUAUAAUAAUUUUUUUAGUAGUCUAUAAGAAAAUGCAUAAAUAAAUUGGGUAAAAUGUUGUAAUUUAUAUUAUCCUAUUGAGAAAAUCAUUAUUCAAUUAUUAGUUA